GGCUGUUCAAAGUGACAUUCCUCAGCGGUCGCGUCGUCCUUCUGGACCCGAAUUACUUACAAGAACUCCAGAGGAUGUUGUGAUGCCCAUUGAGAUUGAUUCCCAUGAAGAUGCCGAUUCUCUUCGUUUCAAAGCCAGAGAUCAAAGAGAUCGCAUGAAAGAAUGUUUCAAGCAGAGGCGUGAAGCUGACAAAAACGGAGGGCGCGCUAAAAAGCUUUCCCUGAGGGGUGAGGCGUACAAAGACAACAUGAGGCGCUUAGAUGAGGCAGCCAGCAUGAAGAUAUUUGAAGAGCAUAAUCAAAGACUCAAGUUCGACACGGUUGAUCUCCACCGACUCUUUGUCCCAGAAGCCAAGUUGUACUUUGACAAGGCUGUUCAAGAGGUUCGGAACCAUGGGGAAUCAUCACUUUGUGUGAUCGUAGGAAGGGGGAAACACUCCAAAAAUAACAUCGCAAGGAUCAAACCUGCAAUUCAAAAACAUGGGAAAAGAUUGGGUCUGUGCGUCGAAGUGGAUCGUUCCGAUGUUGGCCGCCUUGUUGUGAGUUGGUGAAUCUUAAAAGCUUAAUCGCCCAGUGAGAAGUGGAUAUUUGGUGCACCCACGCAAAACUUGGUUAGCAUCGGUGUCACAAAACAUUGUGAGAACUUGGCAGAUCAACCAGUUUUUGGGCCUUCGAGCUUCUAGGGAAAACGAAGCUAGUCAGGCUAUGCGAGUACACUAGCUUAGCCAGUAUUUAUCUUUUUUUGGUUUAGCACAAAUCGAGCAAGACAAGCUAUGUGUGCA